AUGGAAGGUGCCGAUGCCUCUAGGAGCAAUGGGGCCAGCCCGGAAGCCAGGGACACUCGCAGCCCAUCGGGUCCCAAUGGCAGCCUGGAGAAUGGCACUAAAGCAGACAGCAAAGAUACCAAGACAACCAACGGGCACAGUGGGGAAGUGACAGAGGGCAAGACCCUGGGCAGUGCCCUGAAGUCAGGGGAGGGGAAGAGUGCCCUGUUUUCCAGCAAUGAGUGGCGCAGGCCCAUCAUCCAGUUUGUGGAGUCUGUGGAUGACAAAGGCUCCAACUACUUCAGCAUGGACUCUGCGGAAGGCAGGAGGUCUCCUUAUGCGGGGCUCCAGCUGGGGGCUUCCAAGAAGCCGCCAGUGACCUUUGCUGAGAAGGGGGAGCUGCGAAAGUCCAUCUUCUCUGAGCCCCGCAAACCCACGGUGACCAUCGUGGAGCCAGGGGACAUCCGCAGGAAUAGCUACCCCAGGGCUGACUCUGGCCUCCUGCUGAGGUCGAAGUCUAGCUCUGAGGAGGUGCUGUGCGACUCCUGCAUUGGCAACAAGCAGAAGGCGGUCAAGUCCUGUCUGGUGUGCCAGGCUUCCUUCUGUGAGCUUCAUCUGAAACCCCACCUGGAGGGCGCUGCCUUCCGUGACCACCAGCUGCUCGAGCCCAUCCGGGACUUCGAGGCCCGAAAGUGCCCCUUGCAUGGCAAGACUAUGGAGCUCUUCUGUCAGACUGACCAGACCUGCAUCUGCUACCUCUGCAUGUUCCAGGAGCACAAGAACCACAGCACUGUGACCGUGGAGGAGGCCAAGGCUGAGAAGGAGACCGAGCUGUCACUGCAGAAGGAGCAGCUGCAGCUGAAAAUCAUUGAGAUUGAAGAUGAGGCUGAGAAGUGGCAGAAGGAGAAGGACCGGAUCAAGAGCUUCACCACUAAUGAGAAAGCUAUCUUGGAGCAGAACUUCAGGGACCUGGUGAGGGACCUGGAGAAGCAAAAGGAGGAAGUAAGAGCUGCCCUGGAGCAGCGGGAGCAGGAUGCUGUGGACCAAGUGAAAGUGAUCGUGGAUGCCUUGGAUGAGAGGGCCAAGGUGCUGCACGAGGACAAGCAGACGCGGGAGCAGCUGCACAGCAUCAGUGACUCGGUGCUGUUUCUGCAGGAAUUUGGUGCAUUGAUGAGCAAUUACUCCCUCCCCCCACCUCUGCCCACCUACCAUGUCCUGCUGGAGGGAGAGGGCCUGGGACAGUCACUUGGCAACUUCAAGGAUGACCUGCUCAACGUGUGCAUGCGCCACGUUGAGAAGAUGUGCAAGGCCGAUCUGAGCCGAAACUUCAUUGAGAGGAACCAUAUGGAGAAUGGAGGUGACCAUCGUUACAUGAACAGCUACACCAGCAGCUACGGGAAUGAGUGGAGCACACCUGAUACCAUGAAGAGAUACUCCAUGUACCUCACACCCAAGGGUGGGGCCCGGACUUAUCAGCCAUCAUCGCCCAGCCGCCUCUCCAAGGAGACCAACCAGAAGAAUUUCAGCAAUCUGUAUGGCACAAAAGGUAACUAUACCUCCAGGGUCUGGGAGUACUCGUCCACUGUUCAGAACUCUGAGGACCUGCCCACUGUGCCAGGCAACUCCUCCUUCUCGCUGAAAGGCUAUCCCUCCAUCCUCCGGAGUCAGGCUUCCAAAGCCCAGCCUCAGACUUGGAAAUCUGGCAAGCAGACUUUGCUGUCUCACUACCGGCCAUUCUAUGUCAACAAAGGCAGUGGGAUCGGGUCCAACGAGGCCCCAUGA